AUGCCCUUCUUACCACAAAUCCCAGCUCCUCUGGCCACUCAAUCCUUCCUGAGGGCUUCCCAUUUCAAGUUGGGCUUUGACCAGCAGCCUGAGGGUAGCACAGUAUUCUCCCCUUACUGUACGGACUAUCCUCCUAGAUGGGGCACCUACCAGCGAGAACCCAUUCAGCCUCCCAAAUGCGCUGGUGUACUGAACCAAGACAUGGACAAUUCCUGGGACACUCGCUCAGAAACAUGCCUUGCAUAUCCAUCCUGGCCUUUGGAGUCAAGAUCUGCUAUUUGUCCACCUGCCUCCUGCUUCCAAAUGCACGCAGAUCCCCGCCACAGCAUCCUCACUUCUAUCACUCGAGAAAGCUAUUCUUAUCCUUCUAGCAUACCGCACAUCACCCUCAACCGUGUAGACAAGUGGGAUGACAGUGUUCCCAGUGGGGACAAAGAGAAGGAACCCCUGCCAGGUUCCCUUUACCAGCAAUCCUACCCAGCCUACAAAGGGAUGCUACCUGCAGUCAAGGCUCCAAGCCAACACCUGGGAGGCAGUUCUGCCCUGAGAGGUGAUGGCCAUAACUAUUUCAACACCUUUUACCAAUCAGAGUUUACAGGGGAAUGGACGCCUCCAGUCAAGGGCUGCAGUGAGAAUGUGGUAUCUAUAGUCUUUGGUGACCCCCAGUACUUUCAGGCAGUGAGUGAGCAGCAGCAUGCAUAUACUGUCCAGAAACCUGAAGGCCCACGCUAUGACCCAGAGAUUGCCUCAGCGAUGGUGCACCAUUCAAACAUUCAGCCUGGGGACGGACAGCACAGGUUUUCUACUAUCAUGUCUGAAUCAUACUUAUGGAAGCAACCGGGCCCUCCAUCCAAUUCUGGCCUCAAAAAGAAUGAGUCAUCUAUUCUCCUAGGAGAUCAAGAUCUUGGAGUGCCCAUCAUCACCAGCACAACUACACAGGAUAUGCUUCUUCCUCACCAAGCGAAGAAGUAUCAGCUGACAGAGGAAGAACUACAAAAGAUUAAAUAUUCCCAUCUGAUCCACCCAUGGAAGGGGCAACGUUGGUUCAGCACUGAACAAAAGGAUGCCUACGCGGAAAAGUACAGUGGGCCAAUCACACUUGCAACUGCAGACUUCCAAGGGAGCAGUGUUCCCCUGGGCACUAUGGUCAAGUAUCAACCCAGGAAGAAGUUGGCUGUUUGA